AUGGCUGAUCACAUCAAAGACACUGCUCAAUGGGUCGAAACGGACAGCCAAGACAAUGAGAGAGACAAAUGCUUCAGAAGCAUCUCUGUACUCAAGAAAUUGCAAAGCUCCGUGCUGCCUUCUAUCAAAAAGAUGCUGCCUUCAACAUUAUAUCCGGUAGGGUAAUCGAAUUGGCGGAGCGAUGCCACGAGUCGAGUUGACAAGACUUCGCAGGUGCAUAGGGACGAUGGCAUCCCUUUCUACGCAGAAAAGCUAUGUGAUGUAUGGCAAAUGGCAAGAGCAUAUGCUGCUUCACAAGCAAAUGCAAGUGAUCCACCACCAUGGGACUCGAGAUCUGAAUUUUCCGAGGUGAUGAGCCGGCAUUUGGAACUCGAUUGCUUGAUUCCAGUCAAAUACCGCUUCCGCUUAAACAACAUGGCCGAACACGACAGCGAGACUUUGCUACAGAACCGUGGAUACUGGGCACAUUUCAUUUUUAUCCAAUUUGUUUACUCUGCUAUUCCAUGUCUUCUCAAUCACCCAUUCCUACUAUCUUUACGCCUACGCCACUUUCGACACACAAUCCCAGAAAGCUUUAUUCAGCAAUCAUAUGAGCAGUUAACACGAUUCAUGGGUUGGAUCAUUUAUUUCAUCGAUUUACUGGAGAGAAAAUCUUUCCAGGUUUCCGACCCUGUGCUAGCGCAUUGCGUUGUCAUUGUGUCAACAAUUCAUCUUCAACAUAGCUUUGUGGAAGAUCCAGUCCUACAACGGAAGGCAUCCAGAGGAUUCGAAAAAUGCCUUCGCUUUCUCAAGCGUAUGGGGCAGAUGUGGCCUUCGGUAGCUCUUAUGGUAUGUUGCUGGUCUACCCAAAAUGCCAUCUCUUGCAAGAAAGGCUAUGUAACUUACGCUCAAUGUUGGUGUUAGGUUGAAAACUUGAAGACCUUGCAAGGCAGCGUAGUAUAUUUACCUUCAGGAGCAGCUGGCCAAGAGAGGGUUAAUGCCUCUGGCGAACCUUCUUUCUCAAUCAAUGCUCGACUACUCUGGGAUGUUCUUAUCUAUGACCGCGCGGGGCAGGUUAAUGCGAGAGCUGACUCCUCCAUGUUGGGAAGUACCUUGGUCUCAAAAACGUCAGAAAAAGUGGCUGAAGCUCGCGCUGUGGAUGAAGAGUUUGACUUGAUUGGUUCGGCAGGCCUGACUGGCCAUAAGUCAAUGAUACACCAGGGGCCUGCCUAUGCUCCCGAUGAUGAAAAUGUUCUUGACUUGGACGAGGACCCCUUAGACACGACACCACAUGCCAUAACCAACAUGGCAAUCACAAUUGGGGAUGUUAAUUUGGAAGGGCUUGGUGGGUAUGGCAAUGAGGAAAGUAUGUUUCUGGCACAAGAUUACGGGAGGGCGAUUGGCGACUGGUUUGAUUUCGAUGCCAUGUAG